CCGCCCCCCCAUCCCCCUCCCGCGGCUCCACAGACGGCGAACCAUGGCGGAGAUGGAGGCGAGCCUGUUGCGUCAGUUCCCGCUGCUUCUGCCCCAGAACCGGGCGAAAACCGUGUACGAGGGAUUCAUUUCGGCUCAGCACCCAGUUUCCAAGGGAUGUAUUUACCUCCCUUUUUAUCAUCUUAUGCUUGUGUAUUUCUUUUCCAAGGGACGUGAUUUUCACCUUAAAAUAUUGUUGCCUGAAGAUUUACAAAUGAAGAAUGCAAGGUUAUUAUGUAGUUGGCAACUGAAAACAAUACUUAAUGGAUACCAUCAAAUAGUGCAACAGAGAAUGCAGCACUCUCCUGAUUUAAUGAGCUUUAUGAUGGAGUUGAAGAUGGUUUUGGAAGUUGCUUUAAAGAAUAAACAAGAGCUGUAUGCACCACCUCCUCCUCCCCAGUUCUACUCAAGCCUUAUGGAAGAAAUAGGAACUCUUGGUUGGGAUAAACUUGUAUACGUGGAUACUUGUCUCAGUACUAUCAAGUUAAAAGCUGAAGAUGCUUCUGGUAGAAAGCAUCUCAUUACUCUCAAGUUGAAGACAAAGUACCCUACAGAAUCACCAGAUUGUGUUGUGGAUUUUCCUGUUUCAUUUUCUGUUUCCUGGACACCACAGAGUUCCUUAAUAAGCAUUUACAGUCAGUUUUUGGCAGCCUUAGAAUCACUGAAGGCCUUCUGGGAUGUUAUGGAUGAAAUCGAUGAGAAGACUUGGGUACUUGAGCCAGAAAAACCUACCCGGAGUGCAACAACACGCAGAAUUGCACUAGAGAAUAGGGCUUCAAUAAAUAUAGAGGUUGACCCCAGGCAUCCCACUAUGCUUCCUGAGUGCUGCUUUCUUGGAGCUGACCAUGUGGUAAAACCGCUGGGAAUUAAACUGAGCAGAAACAUACAUUUGUGGGAUCCAGAAAAUAGUCUGUUACAAAACUUGAAAGAUGUUUUAGAAAUAGAUUUUCCAGCUCGUGCUAACCUGGAAAAAUCUGAUUUUUCUAUGGAUUGUGGGAUUUGUUAUGCCUAUCAGCUUGAUGGUGCCAUUCCUGAUCAAGUGUGUGAUAAUUUACAAUGUGGACAGCCUUUCCAUCAAAUAUGCUUAUACGAGUGGUUGAGAGGACUACUGACUAGUAGACAGAGUUUUAACAUCAUAUUUGGUGAAUGCCCAUAUUGCAGCAAGGAAGAAGCGCCCCCGCCCCCAUCUUGUGUGUAUGGACAGCAUCAAGGAAGGCCUGGGCAUCUGGCUGUCCGUCCAGUGAGGGCCCUCACAGCAGUCUCGAGUCUCCCCCGCCCUCUACGAAAUGCUAUGUUAUGGUUUGAAGACAAAGGAAGAUUCCUGGAACCCCACCAACUGCCAGCAGCUGUGCUGCAAAGUCUUCGUGGGUCUGGGGCGUGUUAAAAUGAGGUAUCCGGGAGGUUGGAAAGAGAGAAAAAGAAAAGCCACCUCUUAUAAAUUCAUUAUUAUCAACCUGAAGCUUAGACUAUUGUGAUGUAUUACCGCUCUAAAUGCUAGCCUUCCAAGAUCUGGAUUUAUUAUUUUAAGUAUACUUUUUAAUUUACUAGCAUAUCUCUGGAGCUAUAAAACAAAAUGCUUUGAGUAGUAUGAAAUUAUGAUAUUCUUGAAUCAUCUGCUUUUAAGCUAAUGAAGUAUUAAAUAUCAUUACUAUCAUUUCAGGAGAUAGAAACUUUUGCAACUAUUAUUAUUACACUGAGCUGGACGCGUGUAUUGGAAACUUGUUGGUGGUUUUAUUUCAUAAAUUGCCUUAGUGACAAACCUUUUAUAAAUCGGAUUAAUUGUCAUGCUUGCAGUAUUCACUCCUAAGUACAGCCAACUAAGAGAUCUUUGGUUAAUAUUAAAGUUUCAAUGUUUUGUGCUUUAGAAAUAGAAAUCUGCACUUUAUAAAAUAAUAGGAUGGGCUCAAAUAAAUGGUUUGUACUG